AUGAGCAUCAUCACUUUCAUGCAAAACCGUCCUCGACUUACAGGUGUGGUCUCAUUAGCUGCGGCCGGCAGCAUCGUCGCCGCAUACCUUGGCAAGCGACGCCUUGACCGGUCAUGCUCGAGAAUCUCCAUCACGGAACUCCCAAAGUCGAGUGCAUGUCGCAACCUCGUGGAGAGCGGCGAAACAGUCCCGAAGUCUGUAUGGGGGAUGGAAAAGUCAGCUCUGCUGGCCUCAUGGUCUGGUGGCAACCAAACCCGCUGGGUCCCCUCCUUCGCAGCUCUUCAAGCGGAUGUCCCUGUAUCCAUUCUUGUUGGGUACGGAGCAUUUGACAGUGAACAGAGUAACACCGAGAAGGAUGACGCACAUCAUCUGAUGCAGAAUCUAGUUGCUGCCUUUCUUGAUGCGCGGGCCGCCGGGCCGGAGGCGUGGUUCCUGGACAAAGACGUGCCGCCAUUGUCCUUUGCGCCAGGUAGCUUGCUAUUCGGCGAUCAAGACAGCAUGGGAGCCUUCAUGCUUGGGACCUGGAGUACGAACCAGAAGUCUUCUAUCCAGCCUCACGCUCUUGGUCCAGAAAGCCCCGAGCCUUGCUCCGAGUUCCCGUCAAACUGGGACGCGAUUCAAGAUAGUCCCACCGACACAGCCGGAGCCGUCAUGUACUGGAAAUUUCCCGACGGGCUGGUGCGAACAGUGGACAAGGCAGCAUUGUAUGGUCUCCCGUGGCGGUUCAUGGACGGCGGAUUCCAAGAAUUCAUAGUGGAAAAGGUGUCCGAUGGAAUGGCCAGGGUGACAUACAUCAGUGUUGAAUGCUCUAACCUCCACCCCGGCAGCCAGUCGACAAGGGAUUUCAAGAUGUUACCCUGGCUGGCUUAUGAGGCUCACGUAUUAUAUGCACAACUCCUCUGGUAUAAUACGGUGAUGCAACUUCGUAACCGCACAAAAGCUUGA